UUCCUUUUAUAAAAGGCGACGUCUCCCUCUCCCAUCGCCGUGCCGGACGCAGCCAAAAAGCUCCCCGAAACACACGCUGCUCCAGCUCUCCGAGCAACGAGCACUCGAAGCAAAGCUUGAUCGUAGCUCAAGUUGCUUGAUUUGCAGCUGCUGUCAUCAGCCAUUGCCAUUGUGAGAGGGAGACUGCGGGGGUGCAGGAAACGAGAGGAUCAAGAAAUGGCGUUGCGCGGCCACCUGCUCGUGGUUCUUGUGUUGCUAGCGCUCGCCGUGGCGGCCGUCGCGAGCGGUGAGCGGCACCGGCACCGGCACCGGCACCGGGGAAAGUCGGCUCGGGCGCGGCUGCAGCUGGUGCCCGCCGCGCCGGGCGCGUCCCUCGCCGUGCGGGCGCGGGACGACCGGCACCGGCACGCGUACAUCUCAGCGAAGCUGAGCCGGCGGCGCGCGGCGGAGGUGGGGGCGUCGGCGUUCGACAUGCCCCUGUCGUCGGGGGCGUACACCGGCACGGGGCAGUACUUCGUGCGGUUCCGCGUGGGCACGCCCGCGCAGCCGUUCGUGUUGGUGGCGGACACCGGCAGCGACCUCACGUGGGUCAAGUGUCGCGGCGCCACCCCACCGCCGCCGUCGGACGCGCCGGCGCGCGAGUUCCGCUCCGCGGACUCCAAGUCGUGGGCGCCCAUCCCGUGCUCGUCGGACAUGUGCACGUCGUACGUGCCCUUCUCCCUCGCCAACUGCUCCUCGCCGGCCAACCCCUGCUCCUACGACUACCGGUACAAGGAUGGCUCGGCGGCGCGCGGCGUGGUGGGCACCGACUCGGCGACGAUCGCGCUGUCCGGCGACAACAGGCGGACGAAGCUGCAGGGCGUGGUACUGGGCUGCACCACCUCGUACAACGGCCGGAGCUUCCAGUCCUCGGACGGCGUGCUCAGCCUGGGCAACAGCAACAUCUCCUUCGCGACCCGCGCCGCCGCGCGCUUCGGAGGCCGCUUCUCCUACUGCCUCGUCGACCACCUUGCACCCCGCAACGCCACCAGCUACCUCACCUUCGGCCCCGCGCCCGAGGACGCCGCCGCCGCGCCGGCCCAGACGCCGCUUCUGCUCGACCGCCGGAUGAACCCGUUCUACGCCGUGACGGUCGACGCCAUCCACGUCGCGGGCGAGAAGCUCGACAUCCCCGCGGACGUGUGGGACGUCGAGAAAAAUGGCGGCGCGAUCCUCGACUCGGGGACGACCCUGACGAUCCUCGCCACUCCGGCGUACAAGGCCGUGGUCGCGGCUCUGAGCGAGCAGCUCGCCGGGUUGCCGAGGGUGAGCAUGGACCCGUUCGAGUACUGCUACAACUGGACGGCUGGCGCGCCGGACAUCCCGAAGCUGGAGGUGCAGUUCGCCGGGUCGGCGCUGCUGGAGCCGCCGGCAAAGAGCUACGUGAUCGACGCGGCGCCGGGGGUCAAGUGCAUCGGCGUGCAGGAAGGUGCGUGGCCCGGGGUGUCCGUCAUCGGCAACAUCCUGCAGCAGGAGCACCUGUGGGAGUUCGACCUCAGGGGCCGGUGGCUCAGAUUCAAGCACACGAGCUGCACCCAAUGACACGGACGGUGCACGAUUCGUCCGUCGUCUUGCUGGGUGAUCUUGCUGAAAUUAUAAAGGCUUCCGAGCGAAUGAUUUGCUAAAUGAAAAUAUAAUUUUUAGUGCAAUGAAAAAAACGUUCAACUGAAAUUGCGAUCCUUCUCGUGAUCUACAGCUCGAAUUUGCACGCAUUUGGGCAAAGUCGGCCGCAAUACCCUCGUAAUGGAAACUCCUGCACGAAACGGAGCUGAAUUUCUGAACGAUGAUGAA